ACAUCGACUAUGGUUCCAUCGCUACUGCAACCGACGCGGACAUUAGAAGAAACUUAGUUUCUAGUAGAAAUUAAUUAAUUGACCACCCGAAGCAGACAUCACACCCAACGUACAUGCAGAAUGCCGAAAAAGACUGAUUUCCACACCGCGCAAGUGCAAGUGCAAUAAACGCAAUAAAUGCCGAGCUGGGCGAUCAAAGAACGCAAUAUAGAAAAAAGUGAAACACAUGAAAAAAAACUGAGUUCGCUGUUGUGUGUAAAUGCAAAUGAUUUAUUUUCGUGCAGCAGCAACAACAACAACAGCAACACAGAGGUAGCUAAAUAGGCAAAAAUAACAAUAAAGAAAAGGCGAAUAUAUGAGUGUGUGUGCGGGUCGCUUUUAGGAAAAUUAGAUAAAAAGCCAAAUGAAAUUAGCUCACGCCUGAAUUUCGAGUUUCGGUGCGGCGCAAGGUGAACAAAAAGGCGAAAAGCAAUCAAAACAGUUUUUCCAUUUUCCCAGUGUGCGUGUGGCAGUGGAAAAACCACCUGCAUUGAUUUAUAUAUGUAGUAAAACAAAAAACAGCAACAAAAUAUAAAAAAAAAACGGAACUUGCACCGAGGAUAUAUACACACACACAUGCCGACUGUAUGCAAGUGUGUGUGUGUGUGUGCAUGGCCGUAAAGGCUGACUGAUAAAAAAGGAGAAAAAAAACAACAAUAAAAAACAAGAAAAUAAAACAUUCACACGUACAUACACACCAAGGCAGCGGGGCACCAAUACCACAGCACAAUUUCUUGGAGGCAGCCUGCCAUCCCGAAGCAGAAGAAAGCCGUUGCCGGAAGCUCCGGAAGGGCGAAGAACCCGAACCUGAACCUGGCGAGGAUUGCAGGGACCGAGGACAAUUAUAGACACAUUCGUGCCGCCGCUAGAGCCCUUCCGAUGUCCAAUAAAAUCAACCCGAAGCGCCGCGAACCGACAGCAGCAGCAGCAGCAGCAGGAGCCGGGGUCACGGGAGUGCCCACCAACACGAGCAGCUCGACGGGAUCCUCCAGUGCCGGCAACACGUCCUCGGCCAACACAUCCUCGUCGUCCAGCUCAUCGUUGUCGUCCGCCGGCGGCGGUGAUGCGGGCAUGUCCGCCGAUCUGACCUCGCUGUUCGAAUGCCCCGUGUGCUUUGACUAUGUGCUGCCACCGAUCCUGCAGUGCUCCAGCGGGCACCUGGUGUGCGUCUCCUGCCGCUCCAAGCUCACCUGCUGCCCCACCUGCCGCGGCCCGCUGGCGAAUAUCCGCAAUCUGGCUAUGGAGAAGGUUGCCUCGAACGUCAAAUUCCCGUGCAAACACUCGGGCUACGGAUGUUCCGCCUCGCUGGUUUACACGGAAAAGACGGAGCACGAGGAGACGUGCGAGUGCCGGCCCUACCUGUGUCCAUGUCCGGGCGCCAGCUGCAAGUGGCAGGGCCCGCUGGACCUAGUCAUGCAGCAUCUGAUGAUGUCGCACAAGAGCAUCACGACGCUGCAGGGCGAGGAUAUCGUGUUCCUGGCCACCGACAUAAACCUGCCCGGCGCCGUUGACUGGGUGAUGAUGCAGUCCUGCUUUGGCCACCAUUUCAUGCUCGUGCUGGAGAAGCAGGAGAAGUACGACGGCCACCAGCAGUUCUUUGCCAUCGUUCAGCUGAUCGGAUCGCGCAAGGAGGCGGAGAACUUUGUGUACCGCCUGGAGUUGAACGGGAAUCGACGACGACUCACCUGGGAGGCCAUGCCGCGUUCGAUCCACGAGGGUGUGGCCUCGGCGAUCCACAACUCGGACUGCCUGGUGUUCGACACGUCGAUUGCGCAACUGUUCGCCGACAAUGGCAACCUGGGCAUAAACGUGACCAUAUCCCUGGUCUAAGCGCACUGUCAAUUCGCUGAGUUCUUUAAUAUUUUUGUGUUUAAUUCUUCGGUACAUAUAUAUAUAUACAUAUAGUUUAUAGCCCUCUGUUCGCAUCAGGCGUUCAACUCUUGGUCAGAUUGUGAGCGAGAGUUUUGCAGAGUUGUUUUAUAAAAAUGAUUCUCUAUUCUAGGAGCCACUUACAUGCAUAUGUAUAUAUAUCUAUGGACAUCGGGGCUGUUUCGAUUUUCACAUUCAGCAAGAUAGAUAUUUCUUUGUUAUUUAAAUUGGGCGAAAAUGUUAGUGCUUAGUCGAGAUUACGCAUAAAUACAUACUGUUGCAUUGUGUUUAUGAUUUAAAAUGGGAUAAUAUCCUGUUCCUAGCCUAUUCCCAGAAGUAAUGUUUCAUUAUAAAUUGGUUAAAUACAAUAAAUCUUUUUAACCGCGUUAAACAUUUGUAGAUUUGUUUUUCCUGUUCUUUAAUAAGUUUGUCGAGCUUUCGCGAAUUUAAAUAUCAUUGUAACUCUUGUCGCAUGUGAAAAUCGAAAAAGACCUGUAUGUUUGUAUGUCUAAACGGUUCGAUUGGUACUCUAGUUCUAGGACUUGAUUUUUCAGUUACCGCACACACAAUAUUUCAACGUUUCGGUGUUGCCUGUUUUGUUAGGAGUUAGUUCGUGGGGUUCUGCUUUAGUUUAAUUUAGUUAUUAAGGGCCACACACCUGGAGCAGAGCUGCCUGCGCGUGCCCACGUGCCCACCACCACCCACUACAGUGAACACUAGGAACACAGACCCACUCACCACCACCACAACAACAGCGGAAAUGCGAAAACGGCAAGAAUGGCGAUACAGUGGUCACUCAUCACACUCGAACAUGUACUGCAAAGUCUAGUUUAGUUAAUGUAAAUUAUUUUAUACAAUACUUGUAAAUGGUAAUAAGUAAAACGAACAGUUUAAUGAAAUUAACAAACCUAAUAACAAUAACAAUAGUAGCAGCAGCAGAAGCGAAGAGACAACAAAGAAAAUUAAUAUUUGAUAGCUAUAAUAAUCUGUAAUAACUCGAGAGUUGUUUGAAAGUUGCAGCCUAAACGACAAAUGCGACCAGCAAUUUUGUUCAUGCCAAAACCAUCACAAAAUUAACAAAAACUAACUAAAAAAGAAAACAAAAUCAUUUUUUUUUCGCAAUGCUAAAAAGACAAUGGCCCCCUCCCCUCCACAAUUUUCCCGCCCAUCCCGAAAUGAGAAAAAAAAGCAAUGUUAAUGUUUAAAUUUCCACCUAGUUUAGACGAUCUCCCCGGUCCGGCUCAUGUUUCUGGUUUUGAUUUCUUUCGGCCAACGUUUCCCAAUCGAAAACGGAAGAAAAUAAAUGAUUUUAAGCAUCUGCACCGUAAUUAGCUUUUAAUGCGCCGAUUUACCGCGCCACUACCAUACGAGAUCACUUACACAGACACAAAACUACAAAAGUGAAAUAAACGUGAUUAGUAAAAGUAAAAAAA